GGAUAGCUGGAAAGGUAUCAAAGAAACAUUAACUUCAACGUGUCAAGAGGUUCUGGGCCCCAAGAAGCAUCAUCACAAGGAAUGGAUCUCUACAGAAACACUGGACAGGAUCAAAGAAAGAAAGAACAAGAAGACAGCAAUUAAAAACAGUCGAACAAGAGCAGAGAAAGUCCAAGCACAAGCAGAGUACAUAGAAGCAAACAAGAAAGUGAAGAAGAGCGUAGAGCUGAUAAGCAAAAAUACGUGGAAGAACUAGCAACGACGGCGGAAAAAGCUGCAAGAGAAGGAAAUAUGAGACAGCUUUACGAUACGACGAAGAAGCUUGCAGGGAAAUACAGUAAACCAGAGAGACCAGUCAAAGACAAAGAAGGAAGACCAAUCACUGAGAUUCAACAACAGCGCAACAGAUGGGCAGAGUACUUCGAGGAACUCCUGAACAGGCCGGCUCCAAUGAAUCCACCGGACAUCGAAGCAGCACACACAGAUCUUCCUAUAAAUGUCAAUCCACCAACGACAGAAGAAAUCAGAAUGGCCGUCAGACAAAUCAAGAGCGGGAAAACAGCAGGACCUGACAAUAUACCAGCUGAAGCGUUGAAGUCAGACAUCGAAGUAACUACAAGCAUGCUUCAUCUUCUAUUCAAGAAGAUUUGGGAGGAGGAACAAGUGCCGAUGGAUUGGAAAGAAGGACACCUCAUCAAGAUUCCAAAGAAAGGAGAUCUGAGCAAGUGUGAAAACUACAGAGGCAUUACACUACUGUCAAUACCGGGUAAAGUCUUCAACAGAGUGUUACUGAACAGGAUGAAAGACGCAGUUGACGCUCAACUUCGAGAUCAACAAGCUGGAUUCCGUAAGGACCGGUCGUGCACAGACCAGAUUGCGACACUACGGAUCAUCGUCGAACAAUCAAUUGAGUGGAACUCGUCACUCUACAUCAACUUCCUUGAUUAUGAGAAGGCAUUUGACAGUGUAGAUAGGAGGACGUUAUGGAAACUUCUUCGACACUACGGAGUUCCUGAGAAGAUUGUCAACAUUAUCCGGAACUCAUACGAUGGACUACAGUGCAAAGUAGUGCAUGGAGGACAGCUGACAGACGCAUUCCAAGUAAGGACCGGAGUAAGACAAGGCUGUCUACUCUCUCCCUUCCUGUUUCUUCUGGUGGUCGACUGGAUUAUGAAGACCUCGACAUCUGAGAGAAACUACGGCAUACGAUGGACAGCUCAGAACCAAUUAGACGACUUGGACUUCGCAGAUGACCUAGCCCUCCUAUCACAUACACACGAACAAAUGCAGAUAAAGACAGCCAGCAUAGCAGCAGUCUCUGCAUCAGUAGGCCUCAACAUACACAAAGGGAAAACCAAGGUCCUCAAACACAACACGGAGAACAGCAAUCCAAUCACUCUUGAUGGCGAAACUCUGGAAGAUGUGGAAUCCUUCACAUACCUGGGAAUCAUCGUCGACAAACAAGGAGGUUCAGAUGCGGACGUAAAGGCGAGGAUUAGCAAAGCAAGGACAGCAUUUCUUCAAUUAAAGAACAUAUGGAACUCAAAACAACUUUCAACCAAUAUCAAAGUCAGAAUCUUCAAUACGAACGUCAAGGCAGUUCUACUGUACGGAGCUGAAACUUGGAGAACUACAACAACCACCAUCAAGAAGGUACAGGUAUUUAUCAAUAGCUGUCUACGCAUGAUACUCAACAUCCAUUGGCCGGAUAUCAUCAGCAACAGCCUUUUGUGGGAGAGAACCAACCAGCUUCCAGCUGAAGAGGAAAUUAGGAAAAGACGAUGGAAAUGGAUAGGACAUACAUUGAGGAAAUCAUCAAACUGCAUUACGGGACAAGCGCUAACUUGGAAUCCUGAAGGGAAGCGGAAAAGAGGAAGGCCAAAGAACACAUUGCAUCGGGAAAUAGAAGCAGAUAUAAAAAAGAUGAAUAAGAACUGGAAAGAGCUUGAAAGGAUUGCCCACGACAGGGUUGGAUGGAGAAUGCUGGUGAGCGGCCUAUGCUCCUUCACGAGGAGUAACAGGCGUAAGUAAGUAAGUAAGUGAUUUCAGACGUUGAAUUACAUGUUCAAGAACAAAUUAGAAUGAGUGAUGUCCUUAGGAUUUCCUUUCAAUGAACAAAUAAUAUUUCGGAAAGCUGAAGAAUUAUCUAAAAACCAUUUAUCGAAUCAUAAUUAUUGUUAUGUAACGAUUGACUAUUAGAUACCUUGAAAAUUUAAUAAGAAGCUGUGACCUGUUAAACUCAAUCAAAUCUGGAGCAAAACAGUAACUCAUUGAUGACAAUGAAUGAUAGAUAAGCUAUUUAGAGCGAAUUAACUAGAGCUUAAAGUCAUAAUAGUCAAAAGAUUUUGUGCCGACUAUGAGAUCCAAAAGGUAUAUAGUAUUGGUCCCAAUAUAGGAUACCUAACUAAGACAGAAUAGUUAUUCAGUACUCUCUUAUUUUUGCAUAUAAUAACUAUUCGACACCUUUUAUACUACAAAUGUCGAUUCAUAACCAAUAGAAGUCCAUGAUGAAUUAUGCUUUUAUAGUUAUAAUGAUCAUAAAAAGUUGGUAAUUCAUACACGUAGGUAAACAGAAAUAUAAUCGACCAACAAACAACACGAAAUCACACCUAUUUUAAGUGAAAGUUGUUUAAUUGUCGUCUACUCUGUUGACUAUUUCAAAACUAAGAUUGAUCUUAGUUGAAAAAAAUUCUUUCAAAACUGUUAAUCAAAAAUGAUCAUUUGAUUGAACAUAUGAAAUAAUUACUGAGAUAAAAAAAAAUGCUUAAAAGUAUAAUGAAUAAUAUUUCAUACUGGAAAGUUAUAAUUUGACUUCCUACACAACCACCCAGGAUUCGUAUGAAUCAAAAACUGUCAUAUCAACAUGUCAAUAUAAAUAAUUAAAUGAACAUGUAUGUAUGUCAUGGUUAAUAAAACAGAAGAACUUAUCCCUCAGUGAAUUGUUUGAUUGUCGACUUAUUUAACAUUCAGGCACUAACAAAGAUUUAAGUGAAUACUCGUUCCCAAGGAACAUUUGGGUUUCCGUAUCUUUAAAAUAUGACUAAGCUAUUUAUUUGAUCAUAAGAAAUGAAUAAUGACUAGAAGUAUGGAGUUACACAAACGAAAAUUUAUAAGUUGAAUAGUUAAAUUAUAGUAUGUCUUACAGACAAAAAUUCAUUCAACACGAAUCGAUCAUUUAUUAGUAACCAACAUUAUCGUGUUUCUUAGUAUUGUUGGAAUUCUAUAUUUCAGGAUUAAGUAACCAGACAUUGUAAUUCGUUUACUUGAUAAUUCACAGUAAUCAAAGUUAAAAGAAUAAAAGGUUUCGUUUAAGUUAUAACUUGUCAACGAUCUGUGGUGUUAAAGGUAAUUUAGGAGCAUGAUAUCAUUUAUGGUUACUGAUAACCCUUAUUCACUAGUGUCAAGAAUCAAGAGACAUGGUUUUCAAGAAUUUUACAAGCAAAUAGAACAACAAUUGAGAAUAGAAGAAAUGUAGACAACUUUUAUUUUGUAACCGGAAAGUAAAAAUCAAAACCUACUAAUUUCAUGAUGACAAUUUUUAGUUACAUCAUCAGGUAAGGAGACAGUUAGUUACUUUUCAGAUGUCGUCAUUUUGUUUACUCUUACUAUCAAAGUAUGCAACACGUUCUAAUGAUAUUACAUAUUUUACUAAUCAGAGAUUAUUACUAAGCUUAGUGAAGAAAUAAUUAAAAACCUGAGUUUCUUUUUAUAUAUUUAAAUGUCAAGUUUAAGGGUCAUGAAGUAUCUUUCAAAUUUACUUACAGGUAAAAAAAUGUGAGCCUAAUUGCUGUCUUGUGCUCCCUGAUUUUCAAAGGUUUUUCAGCUACUUUACAUUUUCACUGCUGGAUAUGAGAUCUGAGGCUCCUAGACUUUAUUCCAUGUGAAGUUGUGGAUGAACCUUCCUAAGAAGUAUCAAACUACAAGUAAACACAUUCACAGCUCUCACUGGCUUUUCAGCUGAAUCUAUUCCAUGGUGAAUGUCAUCUUUGAAUAGAAACAAAUCUUCUUAGAGC